AUGCCCGUCCCUUUUCUCGGGAGGCUGCGUCCCACCGAGUACCUUGCGCUCGUGGGAUCUUUUGUUCUCGUUGGCCUCGAGGCCAUCAUUCGCGUCUUGACCUUGGCUCUGCCACCGUUCCUCGUUUCGCUAUUCUACCGAGCUUCGCGCCGAAUUUUUAAUAGAUUUACGACACCUGCUCGGAAACGCGCUGAGAAUCGGCACAAGUCAAUAUCGGACUCAGUACGAGAUGCGGCCGACUUUGUUGAACUAUGCCGGAUAUGGGGUUAUGAAGCUGAAGAACACAUUGCGCAAACAAAGGACGGAUACCUCCUAGGUCUUCACCGACUCCAAUGGAGAAAGGGGGAGGAGGGGCGAAAGGUGAAUAGUGGACCGUCGAGCCUCAAGAAAAGGGUCGCGUAUCUCCACCAUGGUCUACUCAUGAACUCGGAGGUCUGGGUGGCUCUCACCGAUGCGCAGAGAUGUCUACCCUUUGAGCUGGUAGAGAGAGGUUUCGACGUUUGGUUUGGCAACAACCGCGGAAACAAGUAUUCGAAAAAGUCCAUCAACUGCUCACCCACAUCGGUCAAGUUCUGGGAUUUCUCCAUCGACGAGUUUGCCUUUCAUGACAUCCCUGACAGCAUCGCCUAUAUUCUCGACACAACUCAGCAAGAGAGUUUGUCGUAUAUCGGCUUCUCUCAGGGCACGGCCCAGGCAUUCGCCACCCUUGCCAUUCACCCUAAGCUUAACAACCAGGUCAAUGUCUUCAUCGCUCUUGCCCCAGCCAUGUCCCCAGCAGGCCUUUCAAAUGGAAUUGUCGAUUCUCUGGUCAAGGCCUCCCCUCAGGUGCUGUUCCUGCUGUUCGGUCGACGGUCCAUCCUGAGUUCGGCGACGAUGUGGGAGACGCUCUUGUAUCCUCCCAUCUUCAGCCAGCUCAUCGAUAUGGGUCUUUCUUUCUUGUUCAACUGGCAAACCAAAAACAUCUCGGCAAGUCAGAAAUUGGCGGCAUACCCACAUCUAUACUCAUUCACCAGCACCAAGAGUGUUGUCCACUGGUUCCAGAUUAUUCGGAAUACGUGCUUUCAGAUGUAUGACGACGAUGUCCACCAGCCGAUGAGUGUCACUUCAACAAACAAAUAUUCCAAGGUGGCCAAAUACCCGACACGAAACAUCAAAACGCCCAUCGUCUUGGUGUAUGGCGGCAGUGACUCACUGGUAGAUAUCAAGGCUAUGCUCAAAGAGUUGCCGCCGCAAACAGUGGCGACUGAAAUCCCACACUACGAGCACCUUGAUUUCCUAUGGGCUAGGGAUGUUGAUGCGCAAGUCUUCCAGCACGUCUUUGACGCCCUCGACAGCUUCACCGAUGCAGAGCACACCAAGGAGGAAUACGACAGGUAUUUUAUCACUAGACAGGAGAGUCUCAUAGGUUCCGGAUAUCCAUACGGAUCAUCGCAACGAGGCAGUGAGAGCGAAGCAUCAACGUUGGCCGCUAGUGAGGCUACCGGUGGUCCGCCUACUCCUCACCGAGCGCGGGAGUCGACGACGACCACCACAGCGAUUGCAUCAACAAUGAACUCGACACGCAUGAGGGUCAAUUUUGUCACACCUGAAGACGAAGAUGCCCGUCCUGUCACGCCGGACUUGGUUCGAAUGGGACGAAUAUCAGAGAAUGACUCGGCGGACGGGGGAACAGACAGCCGCGAAUCUCCGGGUACGAUGAAGACUCGAAACGGCCGACUACGUCGAGGAAGCGCUGGGAGCAACAUCAGUGUUGAUAGCAUGCGAGAGGGGCGAGGCAUUAGCAUUGGUUCAAGCCGAGCUGUGGGCGGCGUAGUGAUGAAGAGUGGUGUCGGCGGUGUGGCCAGUCCUGUGGUAAGCUCAGCAGACGAAAUCAAGGCUGUUGCCCUCAAGAAAAAGAGGAAAUAG